AUGGCCUCCGCUUCCUUCCGAGACUCGAUGAAUUCGCUGGGGUGGAGCAGGAGGGAGCCAGACUUGCCCGUCAACACGGCGCCGCCCUCGCUGCUGGGCCGCAUACAGAGCCUCAACCCCUUUGGCGAGGGUGGCUAUGUACGAUUGCCCAUCACAGAGACGAACCCGGGCGCCCCUCUCCCCGCGCCCACUCGGAGAGAAGAGGAAGAGGGGUGGUUUGCGCUGAGUCGGUGGGACCGAUUGCUCGUAUUUGGCGGUCUGCUUCUUGCUGCAUUGGCCAUGUUUGCUGUCUGUAUUGGCCUCAUGUUCACGCCUCUCUUUAUCGUUAAACCGCGCAAGUUUGCCAUCCUAUGGUCCAUGGGAAGUGUUCUGUUUCUGGGAGCAUGGGGUGUCUUGAUGGGCCCAGUCCAAUACUUUCAGCAUCUCAUUUCUGGUCCGAGGCUUCCGUUUACGGCGGCUUAUUUUGGAAGUAUUGCGCUCACUCUAUUCUUUUCACUAGGUCUGCACAGCACCAUCCUCACCUUCAUUGCAGCUAUCGUCCAGCUAGUCUGCCUGCUCUGGUACAUUGUGUCGUACUUUCCCAUGGGCUCGUCCGGCCUGCGCUUUGCAGCCCGCUUUGGUGGAAACCGUGUGGCGGCAUGGAUGAACGAUUGAGCUUGUUCCAAGCUACAUUACGAAUGCCAUGUGGCUAUGGUACUUGGUACAUACGCAUCAUGUCUGCGCAACGCGCGUCGGACAAAAUAUAUGGUAUAUUUGCCACGGCAGCAUCUUCCAUGCAGCAUCUUGCCCUUUCCGCGCGAAUAUACUCACUUGCUAGGAUGCUUCCUACAGGCUUCUUCCUAGCCCAUCACGUUGCGCAGUCACGCACGCGUACU